AGUAGAACUUAACAUCUUAACAUACACAACGACACUGUGCCAUUUGCACUCAAGAGCGAGAAUCAUACGGAGCAACGUCGGGUGAAAAAAGAGACAGAAAAGAAGAAGACAGUUGUUCUGUGCCAUGUUGGCCGAAGGUUUUCUCAGAGUGCUGUGUUACAGGGAGGAGAGAAAGUUUGCCACUGCUUCCAACCUUGAGAGAUUGCAGGAACACGCUCGUUGUGCGGAUCAGUUGAACUGCCAUCUCUCCGACCCGAACUCUACAGACCUACAGACAGAUUCAGCCAAAGCAGGUCCAAACCAGGUGGAACUAGACCCCGCCCAAUGCCAGGGACUGAAAGUGGUGCCUGAAGGCCCCGUAGGCCUCUUAAUCCCUGGGUGUCUACCGGUCCUCACCCUGGACCCUGACUUUAUGGUUUUCUUGGACAACUGCAGCCUCCUGGAACAGUAUCCAGACGUGCAGGUGGCCACCAUCCCCCAGCGCGCUCUUUACUCUCCUGGCCCUGAAGCCUACCGUCAGACAGAAUGGGCAGCCCAACAGGGGCCACAAGGCGAGCCCGUCUCGUCCAUACCAGACCAGGGUUAUCUGGUUAUGGGGCCCAGUGUGAACAUCAGCUUGGAUGUGCCCGAGUCUGGGCUGGAGCCUAUGUCUAACUCGCUGCUGAAUGGGCUGCUGGAGAAGCAGCUGGAGGAGGUGUACAUGCAGCAUCUGACUGACAACUUGGCUCGAUGUAACUCCGACCUCCUGCACGGCCUGGUGCCUCCACCGCAUCCCGGCAGCAGCCAGCCUCGGGGGCCAGACUCACUGGAGGCCAGUCUGGAACAGGGAUCAGGAGGGGGCAGCGGCAAGAAGAUUAGUUAUCUGAGAACCCAGAACUCGGUUCCCUGCUCGUCCAACUUCAGCUCCCCUGUUCUGAGGAUUUCAGAGGCUCACAAUACUCAUCUGCAAUAAAGGCAACCAUGCAAACACCAAAGUAUUAAAUGUGAUGCUCAGCUAUGGCUCUUUUGCUUCUGCACUUCUGUAACUCUGAGUGUACACAUACCCACAUGCAAGGGGGAUGUGAAAACAAGUGCAGUCCAGUAAAUGAAUGCAAGCUUUUAUUUUUGUUUACCUAUAUUUACACAAUGUCUUUGUUGACUUGCUUGGUGAAAUGACAUGUCAAAUGUUCCUGCUCUCAUGUGCCAUCUGCUGUUAGGUUUGAGAACCACACCAUCAUGUAUUUACCUGACAUACAUUUUAAUUCAUUGUAUUGAUAUAUACAUAAGUGUGUAGGGUAUUUAUUAUUUUGAAGCAAAGAAUAAUCCAGUGUUAGAUUAUAGAUAUAUUCUGUGUAUUGAAGAUGCCUUGUAAAUAAAGAUGUAUUCUGUAUUUGGCAAAAAUAAUUCAACAAUGUCUUGUUUUUAAAAUGAUAUAUCAAAUAUAUUAAAUGGUUAAGUGAAGUGGGUUGACCAUAUACAUUUUAUGAUUACUUUAAUAUGAUGCAAUUAAGGCACUUACAUUUACAAUGAAUGCCAUUUACCUAUUUGAAAUGAUUUCUAAAGGACUUGAAGUAGAUACUUAUUUUUCAUUUUAUGUCUCCAAAUCAGGAGCAAUGUGAUACAACAACAUGGCAACAUUAGGCUUUAGUAGAGACAGUCAAAGAGGCAUUUUAGGGCUUUUUUUUCGGAGGUAACUUGUUUUGUAGUGUUUCUGAUAUAUUAUGGUUAAUGUGUAGAAGUUUGGAAACACAAUUUGCUGGGUUAUGUUGUGCAGAGAGCAAUGGCAAAAGUAUAUUACUCAGGAUUCUGUGUGGUUAUG